AUGAGUACCAGUGGCACUAGGGCAAAGAAGACACCCCCGGGUACCGGGCCGUUGCCUCUCUUUGGUGUCGAGAUUGAAAUCUACGUCAAACUUCACAAAGAUCUCGAAGAGAAAAUCAGGGAAAGGAGAUACAGGGAUCCCAACACAAUGCCACUUUACUGGCUCGAAUGGGACUUUGACCUUCAGAAUGGACAGGGCAACCUGGAGAGGAAGGCCAAACAGCGGGAGUGUGUUGGCAAGGCCGUCCGGGAGAUUAUUGAUGUCACCCUAGGGACCGGCCAUGGUUGGACGUGCGAGUCUGACGCCAGUUUGAAGGAAUGGGCCCUCACUGAGCCCCCUGACGUACGCAAAUGGUGGGGUAUUGAGAUCAUCUCGCCGCCCAUGUCGGUAACAAAGCAUUGGCAGGAGGAGAUAGAGCUCAUCUUUCAGGCUGUCGGUAGGCACUUCGACUUCUGGACGAACGAAUGCUGCGCCUGCCACGUCCACGUAUCGCCCGGUCCCACGAAAAAGCACAAAUACACAACAACCCAACUCGUCAGGAUGGCGAAGGGAGCCUUCUUCUGGGAAGAGGCGUUCAAAGAACUUCUACCGCCCGAGCGUCGGAACAACAGGCUGGGCACGGUGGAACUCCGACGGCAAGCCGGCGUUGCAAGCGCCAUGACGGCCAUCCACCGCAUCCUACUCGCCCUCACCCUGCACGUCAGCGCCUUCCGGUACGACUUCGACGGCGCCAAAAACCGCAAGACCAAACCCGACGCCGCCGAGCUGAUCCGCGAACUGGCCGGCUGCAUCAAGAAACUCCCCGGCGAGACCUGCCACGGCAGCCGCUUCAUCAACUUCCUCUACUGGUGCCAAGAAUCCUACGCCGGCAACAAAUGCUACACGGAAAAGCAGAUCAACACGCGGGAGAAAGCCCUCCGCGAGGGCAAGACCCCCCCGAAGCAAGCCACCGGGCCGGCGCCGCCACCCAUGAACGCGGCGCCGGCCGCGGGCCAACGCGCCUCUACAUCAACGACGUCGCUGCCCUUGCGCACGACGACGACGGUGCGCACCUCGCAGCCGGGGGCCCCCGCGCGGAGCGGCGGGGGCCGGGGAGGGGGGGGCGGCAGCAACAACAACACCACCUCACGGACGUCCAUCACGCGCGCGCCGACAAUCGUGUCGCCGCCCCUGCCGUCCCGCCGUUCCGAUGCGGGCCGCUCUGACGCGCCCCGCGCUGUGGUGGCGUCCGUGAGCGGGAACAGGACCGUGUACGAGAUUCGCCAGCCGCCGGAGAGGUAUUAG